UUCAGCACUUGCAGCCAACAUCCACAUGUCUUCCUGUAGAAAGGAAAAUUUAUCUUCUACCUGGAACAACAACUAUACCACAGUAAACAGUGGAAACUCGGUGACCACAUCAACCAGAAUGCUGCCACAAAUAAGCGCAAGUGGUACAGAAAGUGAAACGCAAGAGAAACCCUCACAUCAGUGUUCUUUUUGUGGAAAGAGGGACUUUCUAACCGAACGUGCUGUUAACAUCCAUAUGUUCACCUGCAAAAAGAAAAAUCAAUUGACCAGUAUAAAAAAAAAAGCUAUGUGUUAAAAGACAGUGUAGAAUCCAUGAGUACCAGAAUAGGUAACAAAAAGUCAAAUGUUCUACACCAACAAUCAAAAGGAUCUAAAACUACCACAGAUCGGUGUCCAUUUUGUGGAAAGAGUGAAUUUAGCUCAGUUCGUGGUGCUAAAAUCCAUAUCUUCUACUGCCGGAGUAAAGUGUCUCCUGAACAUGAGAAUAAUAGUAGAGAACUUGUGAAAAAAACAGUCAAUAACCAAAACGAUAACAUAAAUGAAGGUGGAAAUCAAACUAGAAUUUGUGAUAUUUGCAACAAAACUUCAGAUAAUCUUAGAGCCCUUGUGGUUCACAAGAUAACAGAGCAUGGAAUUGGCACAAGGCCAUCUAAAAUCCCAGAAAAAUCAGCUAAAGAAAUGUGUAACAUAUGUGGCCAGAACUUUGAUGGAGCAUGGGGUCUUUUCCUUCACAGAGCCAAGACGCAUGGUAUUUCAAAAUCAAGUCAGCUCAGAGCUUCAAUGAAGAGCUUAAGAAAAGGCAAGAAGUCUCUUUUGGAGGCAGUCAAUGCAGAGUCAAGUAGUACUAUACCAGAAAGCAGCUGUGGUCCUGAGGAAAGUCUAAACUUGAAUGAAACACGGCCUACCAACCACGGGUAUGAUGGAAGAGAAAACCCCUCAGAUUUGAUCAUUUCAAAUCAACUGCAAAGUAAUCCAAAUGGGGAGACAGACACUGAAACUGCAUUGCUUCCAGAUUUGGAUGCAACAAAUAAAGACAUGGGUCGAUGUACAUUUUGUGGGAAAACUGGGUUUAAUACUUCACGUGCAGUCAGUGUCCAUUCAUACUACUGCCAAAAAAAAAGAAUCUCUCGAAAGAAGAAGAAGACCAUCAACAUUAGUAAAAGACAAGCUUUGGGGAAAGUUUCCAGAUUACGCAGUGGUGACACAAGUGAAACAGAAAGUGGAGCAGGUGAACCUAUCGGAUCUACAAAACCAGUUUGCCCCGUGUGUAACCGAAUAUUUGCCAGUCCAUGGGGCUUACUGCUACACCAGGCUAAAGCACAUUCAACAUCUUUGAAACAUAUUGAUUAUGUGGAAAACAUGUCAGGUAGUGACCAAAGGCCAAGUAAAGAACAAGGUUAUGUUCAGAAAGCAAGACUGGACUAUUGUAUCACGUGUGACAGAAAUUUUGUCAGUGCACGAGGUUUACUUCUUCACCAAGCAAAAGCACACAGCUCGUCAUUGAAGUAUCAUCAACUUGCAGGAAAGAAUGAACAAUAUAAAAAAAUGAAAAAGUGCAACAUGAUAGCUAACAAAUUGCAAAAGUUAGUGAAGAAUUCAAAGUCAGCUGGCAACUCUAUUUCUGAAGUUUCAAGCUUGGAACCAAGCUUUGCUGUGACACAAGACCUUAAUAGGCUUCAGGACAAGCAGAGAUGUAGCACAACUUUUAGCAGGGUAUCUGAUGCUGGAAAGAUGGUUUCUAAUCAAGGGGAGAGAAUUUUGCAACAAUUAACAUUUCAGAGGGUUCCUGCUCAAGCUUCUAUGGAUCAGUCAGUCGUUUCCUGUCUGGAUUCUUCCAUCAAUCAGCUUCCUGAUGACUGGGUGUCCAAUAAUCACCAAUCUCUGAAUGAAACUUCUGGACAGUUAACUGAGAGAGGAAUAACCAGUAAUGUGGAGGAUGUCAGUAUAAAAGUUGAAGUUGAUUCAGUUUCCAUGUUUGAAGAAGCCCCAGGAGGAGAGGAAGGCUUAAGUGAGUGGCAGAAGGAUUCAGAUAAAAGGAUAAUGGAUGAAGCAGCUAGAAGUGCAGAAACUGAACAAAACAGUCCAUUCAAAACCUGUGACAUCUGUUCUAAGAGCUUCCAGAACUUUAGAGGCGUUCUCACACACAAGUUAAGAGUACAUCGGACCAUAAGCCUAUCUCAGCAUUUGCUAGGUCAGAAUUCAAAAAUAUCUAAAACAAAGAAAGUGAGACGCUGUAUUUUUUGUGGAAAGGGAGGUUUUAGUUCAGGACGUACUGCAAAAAUGCACAUGUUAUUUUGUAAAAAGAAAAACUUUCCUGAAACCAACAAUAGAAGUAUCAUGCAAGAGUCUGUGAUUAAUGAACCUAGUGAAUUACACAGGGAUGGUAGCAAAGAACCAGUGAUGGAGCAAACCAAUAAAAGUAGGAUGGACUGUGACAUCUGUGCCAAACAGUUUAAGAAUUUUAGAGGAUUGCAUAUUCAUCAGGCAAGAUCUCAUGGAUCGUCUGUUUUAAUACGGGCUGCUGAGCUUGAUUCCCAACAAAAUUCUUAUCAAGAAAAAACACCUCAAGGUUUGGAUGGCCGGGUCGAACCUUCAGUGCAACAGUGCACAGUACCAACCACAAAAUCUUCCACGAGCUGCUCUGAAUAUAAUCUUUCAUCAUCAGAAGUGUCUGCCACACAGGCAGAGGCAUUUGGUAAUAAUAAUGAGUCUGUUGAGAAUAUUUCAGAAAGAGACUCAACCAAUGAUAUGCUGGGAAUUGUCAUGGAAAAUGAAGUUGAUUCACUUCCAGCUUUUGACAGUGAACUAACACUGGUUGGCAAAACUCUUUGUUUAUGGCAGAAUGAUUUAAAUGAAGAGAUCAUUGGUGAAACAGUUGGUGAGGUGGAAGAAGUACCUCAUUGUUCUAAAGAUGAUAAUGAAGAAUUCCAAAGAUCCCUCAGCAUCACAUUCCCUGAUGGUAAUCUUAUUGUCCAAAAUGUGUACAGUGAGAGACAGCUUGAUCCAGAUUUGUCUGGUUACCUUACAAAACAAGUUGUAGAAGUGGCCAGUGAAACACAGUCUACUAGAACUGUCCGACCUUUGAACAAUUUUACGGAACAGAAUGUCGAGUUAAACAGUGAUAGUCAACUUAAUGGAACUACUAUCUUCCAGCCCAACCUUAAGUUUGGAGUAGCCCACCCCUCUUACAGAACAGAGAGUUCAGUUGAGCAACAAGCAGCAGUUUAAUCAUGAAUCUUUCUGCUGUAAUCCUGUGACCAGUACUGGUCUGGCUGUAGUUGAGUCUCUCUAGUGUUCUAAUGACUAAACACUAACUGCAGCGAAAAAACAGGAUGUUUAAGUUAUAUAAAAUAUCAGUUUUUAUUAUAUAAUGUACAUAAAUAUUGAAAACGGAGAGAUUUCUUUAUGUAAUAAUGUUUUAUUAGGUAUGCUUUUUGCAUGCAACAGAGCAGUAUCUUUACUUACAGUCAGUGGUUGGGUUGUAUUUUUAAGCAAAAUUACAAAGAAUCUAGAAUCUUUUAGUUCACUGUUAAAUCCUAAACUAACUGCUGAAUGAACCAGGUGCAUUGCUAUUUUUGCUGGUGCAAAUAUUUUCUUAAAAUGCUUCAAAAUAAUGUAGCUGCAGUAGAUAAUGAAAAAAAAAGUUGACUCUUCAUUUCCUCCACUGACUUCAGUGAAACACAACUCACACAAUAUACCGUGAAAAUAUAAACAGUUUAAUGUUUACUGAAUCGAUUUUGUUUUGUUUCUUUUGGUGUUGUUUCUGUGGAACUUUAGAUGUUUUUUUUUUUUUGUGCUUAAACUCUUAAAAGCAUAAUUUUAUUACGUUUGUCUUUAAAGGACAUUGCUAAAAAUGGGAACAAUACUUUUAUCUCUUACAGCAACAUUCUUCAGCUAAACAGGUGUUCUUUACUGUAUUAGUUAAAGCAAGUGGAAUCUUACAUUUGUGUAAUUUUCUUUUUUCUACAUGCUUGACUACGAUUGUUUUACAAAUAUUAUAAUUAAUUUAAAUUCAAUACAUGUGAGCCUAGCAGUACUAUGUAAUCAUAAGUUUAAUAGCUCAAAGAAAUAUACUUUUUAAUUGUCCUGCAUAUAAUACUCCACAUAACAUUAUAUUGUGAUAUUAAUAGCAAGUUUUAGUUCAUUCUUUGACUUCUCAAAACAUUUGAAACCUCCUAUUUCUGUUAUGUAAAUUGACAGAAUCUUUCCAGGGUGUGUUUACAACAUAUCAUAGUUCACCGAUGCAUCUCUUCCUAGUCUUGUUAUAUCUGUAAGUAGAGUGCCAUCUGAUGACCAAAUUUAUUAUGAGAUGUUCUUCUCAGUGUGUAUUUAAAUGUUUAAUAUCUAGAUUGUGUUAUUUUUAUGAAAGUUUUGGGAGCCAAGGGUUAUUUUUAAAUGGAUUUGUUUCCUCAUAUUGUUUCAUAAUUGUGUUGUUUGCAUUUUUAUUUCAGUGUUUUUUAGUCCUGCUGGUAGGAUAUUUAUCCACUUGUUUAAAAGUUCUUGUAAAAAUUCUGAUUAAUAAGACAAUGCUUAAUGACAUGCCAUUGUGCACACUGUGGGUGUUUUAACUGAGGACUUGUAAUGUGCACUGCUUGUCCAAGAAUUCAUAUGCACAACUUUGACACUUCCUAGUGUCAUCAGUGUAGAUUUAAACACUUCUUUCUUGUGUUGUUGUUUUAUUCAGAGGCUGAUAUAAGCUGUUUUGAAAUCAGUUUCUACUAGCAAUGUUUUCAGUGUUUUGUUGUUAUUACUGUGAAAAACAAGGACAAGUAUAGAAAUGCCAGUCUUUCUCAAAUUAGUGGGCUGUCUUCUAACAUAGUAAUUUAAAAUACAGCUCUCAAGUUUGAGGCAUAAUAUACUAACUAGGGUUUUUGUUUUUUGUGUGAAGAGAAAUGCGUGUACAGAAAUCUUUUCUUAAGAAUAACUUUAGGAGAGAAAACUCCCCAAUAAGUAGUAUGUUUGUGACUAAGAUAUAAUGGAAAAUUUAUGGGGCUUAUGUAUGCCAGUAACCAUUACAGAUUCUCGAGUAAACCUGGUUAUGUCUUCAUCGUCAUGUUGAUAUCUAUCUGUGUGUGUAUGUGAAUGUAUACUAACCACUUGGAUAUCUUACAAAUGUUCAAAAACACUAGAAGCUUAAGUCUUGUCAUUCUUUAAUAAUCUCUAUCUUUAGAACUGUAUAUAAUAUUUUAAGUGUUAGAAUUUUCACAUUUUAAUUGUUAUACUGUGUUUUCUGAAAAAAAUAAUCUGUAUGUAAGUUUUGAAUUGAAAUUCUCCCGAACCUGUGAAUCUCAUAACAGGAAAAGGAUCCCUUUUAAUUUAAAAAUUUUUCUCGCACCCCAAACCUACUGAUGUUUUUUGUUUUGAAAAAAUGAUUCUGUGUACCUGAAAAGCUUUAUUCUAAAAUUAAAUUUUAAAUUUAGGUAAAUUUAAUUUUAUUAAAAUGUUUUUUUUUUAUUCUCUAAAUCAUAUUUUUAAAAUUAUUUCUGUGGAAUUUUGGACAUGAGUUGCAGACUGUAGUUUGAGAAAUGCUACUCUAGUAUAUUGAUGUAGUGCUGCCUCAGGUGGCUAAUCGGGAAAACCAGUUUGAGCAUUGAAACAUCAAUUUUCGAGAAAAAUACUGACAGGUAGUUUCAGCAAGAUAUGAACAAUAAUUUUCUGUCUCAAAUGAAAAUAAUAAUAUAGCUUUUUCUUAUAAUAACAAUGAAACCAAAUUAACUAAGCUAAAGUCAUACAAUAAUUUGUUCUGGAUUGGAUGAAGGAAAUACCAUCCAUUCAGACUUGGAAUAUUCUAAUCAUGCUAUUCCCUCUAUUAGUUAAGAAAUUCUGUCAUUGAAGCACUACAUCUGUAAUAUUUCUAAUAUUAACUCAAAAAAUAGAAAACUAUACAUUUACAUAAAAACUGAUGUUUAAUCAGAUCAACCAUCUUCUUUGUUGUUGUUUUUUAAACAGAAGUAGUUGUCGAUUCCUCUCCUCUAGAUCUCAUUUAGUGAGCACAAGGCAUUUUGUCCACAUGGCUACACUCAAGCCAUGAUUUAUGUGCUGCAAGUCUUCCCUGGAAUAAUUAGUGAUGUUUGUUGUUUGCUCUUUCAAUAAUUUUUUUGUUAGUCAGUCAGUUUGAUGAUCUUUUCAGAAUGUUAAAUUUGAUUUGCUAUAUUUUUUGUCCUUUUAUCCAUAUUGCUAAUGAUCUUGAACUUUCACCAUAAUACGAGUCUGGACAGUUAAUAAAUGGAACUUUGUAUAUAUAUAUAUAUGUAACAUUGAGAGAACACAAAUUUAAAAUCUGUAAAAUAUAGGCUAGGCAUCAGUGACUGGCUUAUGGAAUGACUUGUCAUCAGCAGUAGUGGGGCUGGCAAAGAUUAGGGGGGACUAGUGUAUCUUUGUGGUCUUUAUGUUAUGUUUGGGCAGGUUUGGCACUUGGGGCAUUGUUGGAACUGUAUUAUGUUCUAGAAGUCCUCAAAAUGAUCUGCACACGGUCUAUAGUAAUUGCAAAGUUCUUAAGAUAUUCUCCUUCUCCAAACUCUUACUUAACUGUUCUUUGCUCACUUUGGACACCUGGUAAACAGAUUUUUUUUUAUCACAACAUAAAUACAUUCUCUAUGAUAUUUAGUACACAAUGUGUAUAUGCAACAUUUAGAUUUAUGUUAAUGUGGUAUUCGGGUAUAACAAGUACCCUAAGUUUUCUGCAAAAACAUGGAAUGUUGCAUGAAGAAUAAAUUGAACACAGACAGCAAAGGAAAAACAAACACAGAAAAUAAGUAAACCAGAUCUUUAUUCACAGUAUUGUAAACGAUCUUUCUAUAAAAAAAAAAAAAAAAAAAUUUGCUGCCUUUUUAUUUUCUGUUAACUUCUCACUGGGGGUAUGAGAAAAAUAAGGUUAUACUGCAUUCUCAGUUCACAUAGAGGUCCUAGUGCAGUAUCCUAUAAUCAAUAGACUACUUACCUCAACAAAUAUUCCAAAUAGUAUAUUCAAGGGAGAGGACCACAAACUUAUACAAAUAUCAGUAACAUCCCUUAAGAUGAGCAUGCACAUCCUUGGGAGUGGGGACACAUAGUUACAAACUGAUACAAUCAUGUGUAAGGUGUAACUUUUACCAAAGUAAAAGGUUCAGUAUACAUUUACGACCUUCCAAUUUACAAAGACGUCAUACUACAUGCAGAACACCUGCAUGAAAAAAUUACUGAAUAUCCCUUACUAAAGAUAUAUCCUAAAUUAGCUAUGGAAGGCUGAAACUAAGUUGUUUUAAGUGUGAUGUUAAUAUAUUAUUAGUUUACAAUCAUUCUGCAUUAAAAACAUAUGUGUAGUACAACUUUUUACAUUAAACAAAUUUGAUAAAGUAUAUAUAUAAGAAUAUGUUUUAUUCUCCCCCCAGUGGCUCAGCAGUAA